ACGAACCUUUGUCAGUUGCCACUCUCAGUGAGGGUUUAAACUUACAUCAAAACCCUAGCGUUCCUUUUACCCCAAUUCUAACCGCUUUACUUGCUCCCUGAACUUACGCAGCAUAGCCAUGGCAGAAACUGAACCUGAAGUCGCCGCCGCCGUGCCCGCCGUUGAAGCCGUGGUAGAGGCCGAGAAAGAGGACACUUCGGCUCAGGACAUGGAUGUCGAAGCUCAAGCCGCCGAUGAUACGGAAGAGAACGGCGGGUCGAAGCGUCCAAGGGAGGAGGAAAACGAGGUGGAGAAGGAAGACGCCACAAAGAAGCUGAAGGUCGAUAAGUCUGUGGAAGAAGAACGAUUCGAGAAUUUAGAUGGAAGCAAAACGGUGGAUGAAGAAAAGAAAGAUGUGUCAGGUCCGAUUAGCGUGGGCCCUAAGAACUUCGGAUCGUCUGUGGAGGUGUUCAAUUACUUUUAUAAGCUUCUCCAUUCUUGGUCUCCCAACCUCAACCUCAACAAGUAUGAGUACAUUGUUUUGCUUGACUUGCUAAAGAAGGGUCAUUUAGAGCCAGAUAGAAAGAUUGGUACAGGAGUCCGUGCAUUCCAAAUCCGGUUUCAUCCUCAAUAUAAAAGUCGUUGCUUCUUUAUCAUUAGGGAGGAUGACUCUGUGGAUGAUUUUAGCUUCAGGAAAUGUAUUGAUCACAUUAGUCCUCUCCCAGAGAACAUGCAAGUAAAACACGAGGCAAACAGAGACUUGGCACGUGGUGGAAAAGGAGGUGGGCGUGGCCGUGGAAGAGGAGGGAAGCCAAGAUACUGAAGGCAGCUGCAUGUUCUGUCAAUUGUUAUGUAAGCCGUCACAUGCUGCUGCCUGCUUAGUCCACAUUUUGUUCAAUACCCCUUUCAAUCCUGCAGUUUAUGACAUAAUAUGCGUUAUGACUACAAGGAUGGCAUCUGCUGGUUAUGAUGUUACCGUAAUAUGCGUUAAAUUUAUGUAAUGUAUGAAUACAUCAGACGAAAUUAUCAUAUGAAGAACGUAUUAUUCAAUUUUAGCAUAUACUGUAGGUGGUGUUAACUAAACAUAUUGCUCUGA